CCUUAUCUUAUUUACAAUGCGAAUUAUAAAUUUCAUCAGAAAGAAGGUUAAGUUAUGAUUUAGCGCAAAUAAUCAGACGACGUGUGAUAGUAAUAAGUACAAAUUAAUUGUUUUAAAAUGCUACGAAACCAAACAAAUUGGAAACCCGCUUUGGCAAUAGCAGGUGUCUUCAUUGGAUGUUGCAGUAAUGUUGUUUUUCUCGAACUAUUGGUGAAAUCGGAUCCUGGAUCUGGAAAUCUUAUUACACUAUCGCAAUUUCUGUUUAUUGCGCUUGAGGGAUUUAUUUUUACUUCUAAUUUUGGAACAAAAAAACCUAGAAUAGGAUUAAAACAAUAUUCGAUUUUAGUCUUAAUGUUCUUUGUAACCAGCGUUUGUAAUAACUAUGCUUUUGAUUUUAACAUACCAAUGCCGCUUCAUAUGAUAUUUAGAGCUGGUUCCCUAAUAGCAAAUAUGAUAAUGGGCAUAAUUAUUCUUAAGAAACGUUAUAUAGCUUCGAAAUAUAUAUCCGUUCUCAUGAUUAGUCUAGGAAUUGUUAUAUGUACAAUUAUCUCAGGAAGUAAUGUUCAAAGUACAGCAACGACUCCAAUAGAAGAUAACUUAGAAGAAAGUCAAUUUUCUGUUUUCUUUUGGUGGACAAUUGGCAUAUUGCUCUUAACCGCAGCUUUAUUCAUAUCUGCGUAUAUGGGCAUUUAUCAAGAAAUGUUAUAUAAACGUUUUGGAAAGCAUCCAUAUGAGGCUCUUUAUUAUACGCAUCUGCUACCAAUUCCAGCGUUUCUACUUAUGUACAAAAAUAUUUGGAGUCAUACGCUUAUAAUGGCUGCAAGUGAACCAAUCGAAGUUCCAAUUUUGUCCAAUAUCGGCAUAAAUGUAAAGGUACCCAUUACGGCUAUCUAUUUAUUAUGUAACGUAGUUUCUCAGUAUGUAUGUAUAAGUUCGGUUUAUGUUUUAACUACUGAAUGUGCCUCAUUAACUGUGACUCUUAUAGUGACAUUACGUAAAUUUGUAUCUUUAUUAUUUUCAAUUUUGUAUUUUAAAAACUCUUUUACUUUAUUGCAUUACGUUGGCACAGGUUUAGUUUUUAUUGGGACAAUUAUUUUUACUGAACUUAUACCACAAGUUGUUUCCCAAUUUAAACCUGUUAAAGAAAAGAAAAAACUAAAUUAAUAUAAAUAAUUCAAAUUUUCACCACAAUGAUCAAACAAGAACAAUUAUUCAGAAUGAACAAAAUUUUGUCCUUUAAAAAGUAGUGUAUUAAAAAUAAGAAAUUUUAUUACAGAAUACCAAAUGUUCAAUAACGGGUGAUAAAUUUAUCAGUAGUUAAAAUCGAAAAUUUUGUAAAUAUUUGUGCUUUAUGUACAAAUGUAUGAUAUUAAUGCCUCUUAUUAUAUAUUGAUAGAUAAAAUUUUUAUGUUCAUGUUACUGUAUCUUCUAUUUUAGCUACAUUUAUAUUUGCAUCCUCAAUUAUAUAUCUUUAAGUUAGUUAUAUUAUAUAUAGUGAAGGGUAUAAAAUUUUAAAUAAAAAAAGGUAUUCAGUAUAACUGAACAAAUUAAAAACAUACUUUUAGCAGUAGUAAUAUUUUUAA